ACCAAGUUUUGUAAUAGAAAAAGAGAACUUGAACCCAACAAAACGUUCAAAAGAUUUCUUAUAAGCAAACACGUUUCAAUGAGACCUGUGACAUCAUUAAGCACGGGUGACGUCACUGAUCACUACUGAUGACCUCACUAGUCGCACAACACUUUCCAUACAGACACACACAAGUGGUUUGUGACUUGUGCAAAGUGAAAGUCAAAGUAGUUGGGCCAGUCCCCAGGGAUGUCCCGGCUCAGGGCAGAGCGAUGGAGUCUCAGUUCCUACUCGGCACAACUUGUUGCAGCAGCUGCGGUUUUUCGGCAAAUUUCCUCCCAAGGUUUCCACGUGACUUACUCGAAAUGAAGCGCUCGGACCAUUCCAAGAAGAAACAGCCGCGCUGAUAAAGUAGCGCAACUCUGAGAACUUAUCGCACUGCGACACCUGCUGCCGCCAACAGACGCACAACAAACAGCACCGCGACUUUCCCCCGGAUUCUGUGCUGAGAAACGCGACCUGCUGCUCUCGGGGAGGGACUUGGAGUAACCAAUACCCAACACUCACCCCAGUCCUCCUCUCUAUACAGCUGCGACUUUCUGGGUCUUACAUUGCGGCUGUUUCCCUCAUAGAAAUCAUCAGAAGGGCUUUGGGGACGGCCUGACCUGGAUAACAACAACCCUGCUGAUUGAGAAACCCUGCUGCACCUGAACCUUAGCUUUUGGAACCGCCCCUUUCAGCUGACAGUUGCACCUGGGGUAAAAUAGAAACAAACUGCCUGCUUCACAGCAGGGGAAGAAAUUAAGGACCCUGAUCUUAGAAAAUUUAGAUUUUCAUCAAUUUAUAGUGGCUCUGCUGUUAAUCAGUGCCCUUCAGGGCCCCCCUAUACCUCCUGAGCCCCCAAACUGUCACCGGUCUGCUAACCAUUUUAAUUAAACCCCUACACCUGGAACUUUCUCUAAUUUCCCUAUGUGGCUGUUUUGCUUCUGAUCAUCUCCAACACCCACAGCAUGUCAGAGAGGUCUCCUUCCACCAGUGGCACCUUCCAGAGGAGCAGCGCCCACAACACGUCCGGCUCAGAGGCAGAUGCUCUCUCCCAGAGCCCAGAUACCGGCAACAGGAAGGUCCGCAGGAGAGAAAAGAACAGAGUUGCUGCCCAGAGAAGCCGGAAAAAACAAACACAGAAAGCAGACAAACUGCAUGAGGAAUAUGAAUGUUUGGAACAAGAAAACUCAUCCUUGAAGAAAGAAAUUGGGAAACUAUCUGAUGAACUUAAACAUCUGAGCCAAAUCCUGAAGGACCAUGAGCAGAUAUGCCCAUACCUCCACUGCCCAGUGAACUAUGUGACGAUGCCACGAGUGACAGACACUGUUCCUGGCUCUUUGCCUCGGUGAUUUCCUGUUUUGGCGAUGUCAUUUCCUCUUUGACUUAUGGGCAUUUGAAUCAUACAGAAAGCCGCCAGAGCAUGACACCUCAGUGAUUGAUACCUCAGGGAAAAGACAAAAUAGAUGGAAUUGACAACUUACAUAGAAGUGUUCCUUGUCCUGUAAUAACGGCACUUCAAAAACCAAGAUGGUUCCUGUAAAUGUGAACUUAACCUCCUUGAAGUGGUUACUAGCACGGCUUUGUAUAAAGAAAGCUUGUAAAUCUUGUCUUAAAGGGGCAGUUUACCCCCUUGUUUAACAGGAGAGCAGUGAAAUGGAACAUAUUUUAAGCCUCAGAAAGAAUUCUAUGGUUUUCAUGUCUUGAAUUAAACAGGGAAAUUGAAGCUACUUCAUGUUUGGCCCUUGGGAUAUAAAUCAUUAUACAGCAGAACCCUCAUUUAAUUUUUUACAGGGGACCAUAAACUACAUUCAUUAUUUAUUGGCUGGACCACAUAUAUAUGGUUUUAAAUACAGAAAAACUUAAAAUCAAGGCAUGUCCGUUGCGAUUUCACUGUUUUUCCAGUAUACAACCACUUGUUUAGUUAGCAGGAGUCCAUUAUGCAGAGGGACUGCCUGUCCACUUGGAAUUUAAUACUAUCUAACUUCAUUCUCCCUGCUUGAUUGGUUUAGCUCAAGAAAUAACAAAAAUGUAGAUUUUUCUUAUGUUAAACAAAAAGAUAAAAAUCAUGUUCAGCACAAGCCCUUUCGUUGCACUCAUGUUGAAGAAGGCGAUACAUUUCCCCUUUAAUCUGCUUUUAUUGCAGGUCAGAUAUUUCCCUGUAGCCCUGCAAGUCAUCGAAGGAUAAAGAAGCUUAGACUUUGCAAAUAAUUCUGUUAUAAUUGUACCUUUCAAAAAGGUUUUUGUUUGAUUAAUUACAUUAUAACUAAAUAUGUGCCCA